AUGAAUCCCAAAGAACCUCUACCUCCUGGUUGGGAAAUGAGACUUGAUGAAAAAUCAGGAAACUUUUAUUUUGUGGAUCAUAACACUCGGUCUACGCAGUGGAACCAUCCUGUAACAAAUCAAGAAUAUUCAUCAAUAAACGGAACGAAUCCGUCAAAUUUUUCGGAACAAAAUUCUUCUGAUGCAUGUGGCUCUAACUGUGAAAAAAAAAUCGCAGAUGUAAUGUCAAGGGCACGCUCAAUACAGCCAAAAAUUGAUUAUUUUGAUGGUGCACCUCAGAGUAAGGAAUACAAACAUCUUAUGGAAAACUUGGAACAGUUGAUACUAAGUUUGGAUACCUUAAAAAGUGAUGGAAAUGAAGAUGUUAGAGCCAUGCGGCGAGAUGCUGUCAAAGAAAUCCAACAAUUAAUAGAAAUGUUAGACUAUCGUUCCUUAAUUUCCAGUCAAAAUGAUGAAAAGUCUUAG